AUGUCCGAGUGCUACGCCAGCUGUCCUGCCUCGACGGUCACAAUUCAGCCGCCUCCUUUUGUCCUAAAUAUUCCAGGACCAGCAUUAUACUGCCCUGACCAAGCCUUUGGCAUUGAACAACACAAUCCAUGUGCAGGCUUUGGUGGAAGUAUGGGUGCUUUGGGUCCUGGAAGAGGAGGCUGGGGUGGUAGCUGGAGUGGUGGAAGCGGAGUAGGGAGUAGGAUGGGUGGUGGCUUGGGUGUUGGUGGAGUAGGACGUGGUGGUUUGGGCAUUGGAGGACUUGGAGGACCCACAGGUGGUCACCUGGGCAUUGGAGGACUUGGAGGACCAACAGGUGGUCACCUGGGCAUUGGAGGACUUGGAGGACCCACAAGUGGUCAUCUGGGCAUUGGAGGACCUGGAGGACCCACAGGUGGUCACCUGGGCAUUGGAGGACUUGGAGGGCCCAGAGGUGGUGGUCUGGGCAUUGUUGGACCAAGGGGUACCACAGCAGGUUUGAGUGGAGGUAGCAGAGUAGGGGGCACUGUAGGUGGUCGGAGAGGCAGUGUUGGGAUAGGCAGCAUCACUGGUGGUGAUUUGGGCAGUGGUGAAGUUGGAGCUAUGGGUGGUCGGAGAGGCAGUAUUGGAGCUGGGGGUUCUACAAUAGGUUGGAGUGGAGGUGGCUGGACUAGUGGCCGCCGAAUAAGUGGAAGCCACCGACGUGGUAGCAUUGGGUACCACAGUGGUGGAUAUGGUGGUGGUUACGGCAGUAGUGGAUACAGUGGCUUUGGCAGUGGAGCAUACGGUGGUGGUAGCGGACAUGGUGGUGGUUUCAGCAGUGGCAGAUAUGGUACCUGUGGAUAUGGAGGUGAUUAUGGUGACACAGGAUAUGGCUCUGGAUAUGGAGGUGGCUAUGGCCACACAGGAUAUGGUUCUGGUGGAUAUGGACGGAUCGGAUACUCUGUUGGCGGAGGGAAUGGAUACAGAAGUGGUGGCUUCAGCAGCAGAUCUUAUGGAGGUUCCUAUGGAGGCCCUUCAAACAUCUACUCCCAUUACUGA